CUCACACCAAGCCAACCACGCUCCCACUAAAAUUGCAACCAUUCCUCUGACACACCCCGGACAGCACCCUCCUCUAACCCCCCUAAACAACUAUAAUGAUGGCCUCGGAUAAGAUCAAGGCUCUGACCGAGCAGCUAAACAACAUCGCCAGGGAGAUCCAAAGCGACACGACGCUUGGCCUCGAGUCCGAUGUCGAGCAGCGCGCCAAGCUCAUCGAGGCGACAAAGUCGAUCCUCAACUCGGUAAAGCAGCCGACCGACGCAUUCGUAGACCAGUCGGCGAGCAUCUGCGAGCUCGCCGCCAGCCGCCUCUUCAUCAAGUGGAAGGCUUUCGAGCAGAUCCCCCUCGACCGGCCAAUCACCUUCCAGGAGCUCGCAUCUAAGCUCGAUGCUGAUGUGUCUCUCAUAGCCCGCUUUGCUUCCGUGCUCGCUUCAACGGGCCUCUUGCAGCAGGUCGGGACCGACCAGAUCGCCCACACGCAGAGAUCUAAGCCGUACGCCACCGUGGAAGCGGCGCGCGCCAUGACCCAGCUCCUCUUCGACGACCACCUCCCCACCCUCCUCGCCAUGCCCGCCUACUUCGACGAGCACGGCCUGGCCGAGCCGACGGGCCGGCACGGCACCAUCUUCGCCUUCGCGGCCGGGUCGCCCGACUCGACGGUGUGGGAGGUCAUGAACCGCGAGCCCGCGCGGAUGAGGGCCUUCAUGCUGGGCAUGGGGGCGCUGACGGAGGAGUACCCGAUCGUGGGGAGCUACGACUUUGCCUGGGCCGCGGCCGCGAAUGGCGACGACAGGGCCGUGCUUGUCGACGUUGGCGGGGGGAAGGGGCAUGCUAUCAAGGCUAUUCGCGCCCAGACGCCGGGGCUGGAGGUAGGGAGGUGCGUGUUGGAGGAUUUACCUGCUGUUAUCGAGGGGGCGAGGGGGAUGGAUGAUCCUGAGCUGAGGGGCGUGAGGAUGGUGGGGAUGGAUUUCCAUGCCGAGCAGCCGGUCAAAGGUAUGUUUGCAUGUCUUGCUAUUGGAAGCCGGUGUGUGCGUGUCCCUGUUUCGCUAACUUGUCCUUUUCCCCUGCCAGGAGCCCUGAUAUACUACAUCCGCCGGUGCCUGCACGACUACGGCGACGAGGAGUGCGUGGCAAUUCUUAAGCGGCUGUCGGACGCCAUGGCGUCGGAUAGCAGGCUGCUCAUCGUGGAGCAGGUGCUGGCCUCGCCGCCGUCGCCCUUCGCUGCCGUGGCUGACUUCUUCAUGGCCACUAUUGGCGGGAAGGAGAGGUCGCUGGCGGCAUUCCAGGCGAUCGUUUCUAAGGCUCAGCUGAAGAUUCGGGAGGUCUACAGAAACCCGGGGACGGAUGUGGCUACUAUUGAAUGCGUUAGAGAGUAAGGAUGGGUGGGGAGGGGCACUUGUGCUUUGAUGGAUAUUGUUUGAAGCAAAGUGAGUAUCAUAGCACCAACAGAACACUGGUUCUGUGGAGUGUUACUGGUCUAUAUUGGUAGCUACAAUAGGUCUCUGUUGCCAUUGGCCCAAAUUGGUAGUUGAGCUUCGCACCUUCAUGGGAGGUGAUUCACUUCUGGAGUGCUGACAUGUCCCUUGCCGGUUCGCAGAUCAAGGGUACCUUAGGUAGAUAAAGAAAUUAAGUGACUUGGUACAAUAACAACAGGGAGUGGUGUAAUGGUCGGAUGUGAUGCUGACCGCCGCACCUAUGACAGCCACCUCUGGGUCUCGUCUGAAGGCAGACAUUCGAUC